AUGAAGACAGAAGUUGGUGAAUCUGAACGCUGCUCAGAGGCUGACACAACCUCGACAGCCAACACCAUGUGUGGAAGCUACUACGGAAACUCUUAUGGAGGCUGCGGCUACAGAGGCUGCGGCUACGGGGGCUGCGGCUACGGAGGCUGCAGUUACGGAGGCUGCGGCUACGGGGGCUGUGGCUACGGAGGCUGCGGCUAUGGAAGCUCUGGCUACAAAGGCUGUGGCUACAGAGGCUGCGGCUACGGAGGCUGUGGCUACAGAGGCCUGGGCUGCGGCUAUGGCUCCUGCUACGGCUGUGGCUCUGGCUGUGGCUACUAGUAACGAGGGCACCGUGGGGGACUCUCACCCUCUA